GUUUCGUCGGCCAAGCUGUCAAAUUCUGUUGUGCGGCAUCGGGGUACCCAUCUCCGGAUUCCUAUGAAUGUUUCUUUAAAAGUCCAAGCUUCAUUGAGGAACCUGAACAUGAACAUGAAGAGAGACCCUUCAGACGUGAUUCCUGGUGGCAACCGGGAGACGAUGCGCAGAACUGUUAUAUCAAGGUUAAGAUAAAGUCCAGUUCAGCAGCUAUAUCAUUUCUGGCAGAGAGUGGGAACGCUUUAGAAAAAGGCACGAAAUUUGGUACUUUCAAAGUAAAACCUAGACCUAACAUAGAGGUGAAUGUAGA